GCAUGUCCGGUUGCCUGUGCCAAUGGGCGCACUGGGAAGGUUGGGUUAGCGGGUGGAGCCGGGGGAAGCGGCCCAGUAAGUGCACAGUCAACAACCAAAGCAUCCGAGAUUACUACAGCCGCACCAAAUUCCCAAAGAAUAUCCUCCGAAAACACACAUUCUGGUUUAUUUCUUCUAAUAAUUUCGCUUUGGUUGCAUGAGUUGGAGAGAAUCGCUGAUUUGAACCCUUUUAAAAAAAAUCAUUACUAUUAUUAUUAUUAUUAUUAUUAUUAUUAUUAUUAUUAUUAUUAUUAUUAUUAUUAUUAUUCUAAGGAGUGCUUGCAUCGAUCAGGUCGGUUUGUGGCUUCACGUCGCUUCCAUACGUCGCUUUCCUAGUGUGGAUGAAAAACGAUUUCGCGAAAUUCCCUAUCCCAGAUUCCUCGAUUGAAUUAGUAUUUUACCGUCCGGGGUCCUGGAUUUACUCAGAGGAGGAGCAGAGGGGAGCCGAUCAUCCGCCGAUCUCUUGGUUCCAGGGAGCACGUGACCCCGGAGAUGAACAAGCUUCGUCAGAGUCUGAGGAGGAAGAAGCCCACCUAUGUGCCAGAGGCCAGCAGACCGCAUCAGUGGCAGGCUGACGAGGAGGCUGUACGCAAGGGCAAAUGUAACUUUGCUGUUCGGUACCUGGGGCUUGUCGAGGUGGAGGAGUCGAGAGGAAUGCAUGUUUGUGAGGAGGCUGUUAAAAAGCUGAAAGUUAGUGGCAAAAAGACGGUAAAAGCAGUGCUGUGGGUUUCAGCUGAUGGACUCAGGGUGGUUGAUGACAAAACUAAGGACCUCAUUGUGGACCAGACCAUCGAGAAGGUUUCCUUCUGCGCUCCUGACCGGAACUACGACAAGGCCUUCUCCUACAUCUGCAGAGAUGGAACCACCAGACGGUGGAUGUGCCACUGCUUCAUGGCUCUGAAAGACUCGGGUGAGAGACUGAGCCAUGCAGUCGGCUGUGCCUUCGCUGCCUGUCUGGAGAGAAAGCAGCGCAGAGAGAAGGAGUGUGGUGUGACGGCUUCUUUCGAUGCCAGUCGCACUUCCUUUGUGCGCGAGGGCUCCUUCCGCAUCAAUUCAUCUUCCAGCCAGCAGGGCAGCAGCAGUGAGCGAGAUGAGAAGAUGCAGGAUAAAAAGAAAGAUCAGCCCUCUGUCGUCCCAGCUCUCCCUCCUGGCUCCGCCUCUCCACCCGAGGGGACGGCGUCCCAGAUGGAGCGUCCAGAACCAGGUGGGCCCCACGCCAUCCCUCGCCGCCAUGCACCCAUCGAACAGCUGGUUCGCCAAGGCUCAUUCAGGGGAUUUCCAGCUCUCAGUCAGAAGAACUCUCCCUUUAAGAGACAGCUGUCGCUUCGCCUCAAUGACCUGCCAUCCACUCUGCAGCGCAAAACAGACUUUGAGGCCAAGAACCCUGAGAUGGACAUGGGGUUGCCUUGUGAGGGUGACAGUAGUAUAAAUGCACUGUGUUGCCAGAUCAACACAUCCUUCGCCAACCCAUCAGACGAGCUCUUCUCCAACCCAUCUAUGUCUGCAAAUUGCCCUCCGACCUGCACUGUGCCCCCAAUUUUGCCUCCUCCGCCUGCACCUGUCCAGGUCACCUCAUCCUGGGUGCAGCCAGAACCUUCUCUCCACUCCCCUCCUCCAGUUUCUGCUGCACUGCAGAGCGGUCACAAGCGCACCCCCUCAGAGGCUGAGAGAUGGCUGGAGGAGGUCUCUAAGGCUGUCAAAGCCCAGCAGACGCCUCCCUCUGGGCCCAUCAUACCCACCAUCCCUGGACCCCCUUCCGUAACCAGUCAUCAUAUAUCCACACAGGCGACAUUGUCCUCUGCCCCAGUAUCUUCUGUCCCCUUGCCCCUCGGUACUUUGCCCAAAUCUCUUAUCUCUGGCCCUUCUGCCCUUCCGUGUCAAACCCAAAUGCCUCUCCCACCCAUGUCAAUAUCAUCUGUCCCUCUAAUACCAGGUCCUCCAGUGUCAGGCCCCCCAAUGUCUCUCCCAUCCAUGUCCAUCCCAACUAUGUCUGGCCCGAGCAUGUCCGGAGCCCCCAUGAUGCAGGGCUCUCUGCCUGGGCUUCCUGGCUCCCUUCCAAGUGCAAUGCAACCAUUCCCCCUUGCUUUUGAUGCCACUCCAGCCCCUGUUGGGAUGUUUGCCAACCAGCCGGUCCAACCUGCCUUCAUGCCCAUGCAGACCUACAUGCCUGGUCUGGCUAGCAGCAUGACUUACCCCAACGCCAGCGUGCCAGUGGUAGGCAUCACACCAUCACAAAUGGUGGCCAAUGCCUUUUGCACCGCCACAGGCUCAUCAGGCACAGGUCCGACCAUGGGCUCGGCAGCUGGAGGGUCCAAAGUGGGGCCCUUGGGCACUGUCGGGCAUCACCACUCCUAUCCUGGAGCGGCCGGUGCAACCGGACACCCCUCAGGGUUUAACACAGCUACGUUUUCCUCCACUCCACCUCUGUCGUCAGCCAUUAACGGCCUCCCACCCCACAGCAGUGCAGCCGCAAUGAACCUCCAAAACGGGACUUCGGUCAGUGGUGGCAGUGGAGAGAGCUGGCCUCCAGAGGGCAGCCAACUAACCGCUCCAGGGGUUAGCGACUCCCAAGACGAUGAUCGUUUUGAAGCCAAGUGGGCGGCACUGGAGACAAAAGGAGCGACACAAUCGACAGGGAACAAGGCACCGGCUGCCACAGCCAAUCCAUUCUCCAACAGUCUGCAAAAAACAUUUGAGAUUGAGCUCUGAGUUGGACUCUGGCUCUUAAAGAUGUAGAUCUUGCUCUGGGGUGAAAGCCCAAGGAAGUUGGGAACCUAUUCCAGGAGUUUUUGCUUAAUUGGUAUACAGGUCCUUUCAGAUGGCCUAGCAUCUGGCCUGUGGCAGCCUUGGAGCCAGUGCAACUAUGAUCUUAAUUUCUUACUUUAUGAUCCCAUGUGAGAUAGAGAUGAACUCAGCAGUUGGCUGGGGUGCAGUCUGAGAGAAUCAGGUUCCCAGCUGUCUGAACUUCAAAAACUGAAUCCAUUCAGUUCAACCGUCAACAUUCUUUCCUUCCUGCUAUUGCUUCUCCACUCUGGCUUUAUUUUCCCUGCUGCAAGUCCCUAGAUUUACUGCAUGUUCGUCCUACUGAAAGCACUGUGGGGAGGACACGGCUCAGUGGUUUCUUUUUUAAAAAGAGGACUCAACUUGGAUGCAUUCCAAUCCAAAAAGAUAUUUUUGGACGUUUGCUUGUUAUAUUUUUAUUGUGGCGGUUUUAUGGUGUCUGGCAACAUCAUGGACGAAGGUGUAGAAGAUUCAAGUAACACACCAGUGCUGAUCUCAGCCGAGUGGGGCAGAAGUCUGGAUGCCUUAAAGGAAGAGUCCAAACGACUUGCUUACCAUUAAUACAGAUUUAUGGCCAAAAUUGCUUUAUUUAUUGUAUUCUGAGUUUAACAUGUUUUAUGUACCUUCAAACCCUUAAAUUGAAGCAGAGUUUCAGAAGCAUGUUUAUGUUAUUUAUCCCAACAUGUUUGAUUUUGAACAGCAGAGAAGGGAAAGCACUGUGGGAAUCCUAAUCAUAUAACAGGAACCAAAUAACCACAACUUCCACUACAGCUGCGUACUGGGAUAAGUCAGACUGGUGUAUAUAGCCGCAUGUUUCUUCCACCUCACUGCUGCUGAGGCCUGAUAAAUCAAAAUGGUGUCACUUGGAUGUGUAGCUUGUUACUUUUAUAAUCGCCUAACAACAAGGGCAUGAGACACUUCAGGAUAACCAGCGCAUACAGUAGAGCACACAAGCAGUCUGUCUUCACCAAACAAACCCAAGGAACUUUAACAACUCAGUGGAAAAAAAAUGCUCCUCCUCACUGUGCAACUAUGGAGAAACAAUGCACUACAUUCCAGAUUUCACAAAUCCUCAUAUGUCUGCUGACACAGGGUACACGCUCCUUAUGUACAACAAUGAUUGUGUACUCACCUCUUUGAGUAUCAUGGUAGUGCUACACUCACCUCACAGUGUGCUGCAAAAGUAUUCCCACCCCCAUGAACUUUUUUGCCAUGUUGCAUGUGAUGGACCGAAACAAAGUAGUACACAUUCAGGAAAUUUCAUCAAAAUGUCCCACAGCAAGGAAUUGUAUAAGAGCAGUAUUAUGUAAGACUUGUUUUUUUGAGCUUUAUAUCAUGUUAUAAUGUUACUUCCUAAUCAGAAACACAGCUGGAGUGUUGCUUUGAUUCUUUCAUCCAUGUUUAAGAAAUCCUAGAAUCUCCUGCGGCAGCCAUUCUUGGUUGCCUAAAUGCCUAAAGUUCCCACUCAGCUCCUCUAAACUAGUGGCAGCAGCAAUUAUCAACCACCUGGUGGAACUUAUUGUCUGCUGAGCUAAUCGUACAAACUACUUCUCAGUCCAACACUCCUAAGAACAGUUGUUAACUGUGAAAUAGAGGAGCAUUGUUGGGAUGACAUCCUGAAAGGAAAGUGAAAGGGUAGGAGCCCAAUUUCAAAGCGCCAAAUUGUGAAGUCGAAUUAUUUUAAAGUUAUUUUAUUAUAUUUACAGCUCUGGAAAAAAAUUAAGAAACCUCUUAAAAUAAUCAGUUUCU